GAGUGACAGGCUACAUCUCAUUGCACAUCGCAUAAACAUUUGAAAACAGUGGAAAUGCUGACAGAACACAGUGUCUGUGAAGCGCGCAUCGUCGCACGCAACGCAACGCGGCAGCGCGCACGGCAGCGCUAACACCAGGCACGCGGGCUCCUCCCGUUUGGCUGCUGAGGCUGAGAGAUGCUGGAGGAUCGCGUCGCCCGGCUCGGACCAGCUCGGACCAGCUUAGAUCACACGGACCACACGGAUCAGAAGCUGCUUUCUGCUCGUAUGAACAUGUCAGCAGGACUUUGAUAUUUUGUCUUUAUCUUUAUCCUGGUUCUAUUGUUCCUCGGAGGCUUCGUGGCUUUAGAGAUUGAUCUCAAAUGGCAUCAGUUUAGUCUACGCAAAGUGCCACGCAGCAGGCCUGCUCUUUAGAAGGGGAACAGGAGGACUUGACGCACGGGCUGGUGAUGCCGGACUGAUCCUGACGGCUGGCUCAGGUCAGAUAUUACUCGGAUAGGUCCUCCUCGGUGAGGCCCUCCUCGGCGAGGUCCUCCUCGGCGAGGUCCCUCCUCGGUGGGCUCCUCCUCGGUGAUUAAGGGAUGUUGGCAUGGCCGCCUCGGGAGCAGCGAAGAGCCUCAGGACAGAGAAGCUGGACGAGGCGCAGGCGUCGGCCAGGAGCUGCGCCGGCAGACCGGACUUUCUGCCGUGCGACGGACUCUCCGUCCGUCACGGAAAGUGCUUCAAGCUGCACUGGUGCUGCCACCUGGGCUGGUGCCACUGUAAAUAUGUGUACCAGCCCAUGACGAGCGUGUGCCAGCUGCCAAGCACAGUGGUACCCCCGGCCUCCAUGGAGCACAGUGCCACCAUGGAGCUGUCCGUCUCUCUGGCCCAGCGCUUCCUCAAGCUGGCGCCUUGCUUCCAGCCGCCGCCGCACCUGCAGUCGCCGAGGUACUGCGUCAUCGCAGAUUUGUUCGUCGACGACUACAUCGUAAAGCGCAUCAACGGCAAGAUGUGCUACGUACAGCGCCCGCCUCCGCGUUUACCGGACCUGCACCCCUCCACUGACCCGGCUGUGCCCGGCACCCGGCCCCCGCCGGCACCGGGCCCUCCGACUCCCCCCUCGCCCACCCUUGGCCCUCGGACCUCCUCCGCCCCGGGACCCGCUGGGCCCUCCAGCCCCACCCCCCGGCCUCACGGACCGCCGCACCAGCUGAAGGGCCCCUGCUCCUCACCCUCCAGCUCCGAAGACUCUGGCAUCAACGCCCUGGAUGUGUAUUGCCUGGAGUCUUGUGAGGAGGAUGAAGAGGAGGAUGAGUCAGACGAAGAUGAGUUGAGCACGGACGGAAACUCCAGCCUUUGGGAUAGGGACGAGUGCUCGCUGCUCUCUCCCUCCAAAUCCAUGAUAGAGAUCAUUGAGAAGAUGGAAACCACUGUGUGACUCCAUGGAAUGACCCAUUGCUAGCCUCCAGGGAGGCACCACCACCAGGGAACCCUGCACCUCCUGGGGGAGGCACCACCACCAGGGAACCCUGCACCUCCUGGGGGAGGCACCACCACCAGGGAACCCUGCACCUCCUGGGGGAGGCACCACCACCACCAGGGAACCCUGCACCUCCUGGGGGAGGCACCACCACCAGGGAACCCUGCACCACCUGGGGGAGGCACCACCACCACCACCACCACCAGGGAACCCUGCACCUCCUGGGGGAGGCACCACCACCACCACCAGGGAACCCUGCACCUCCUGGGGGAGGUACCACCACCACCACCACCAGGGAACCCUGCACCUCCUGGGGGAGGCACCACCACCACCACCAGGGAACCCUGCCCUGGGGGAGGCACCACCACCACCACCAGGGAACCCUGUGUCGGAGACGGACCUGUAGGUUAUGUAAGGCGUUCUACUUCUACCUUGCAGUUGUGGAAUGAUUUGGAACCUAGAUGCAUACAGAUGAGCAGGAAUAGCAGGAAGGUUUAGCAGGAAUAGCAGGAAGGUUUAGGUUUUUCUCGAAUCUUCUCACACAAACACUUUCCUUCGCCCCAUGACUCCUUAUCUUCGCUAAAGGAGUUGCUGUUGUCUUACCCUAACCCUAGCCCUUUACUUCCUGAAGGGAGAUUUGUGUGUCUUACCCUAACCCUAGCCCUUUACUUCCUGAAGGGAGAUUUGUGUGUCUUACCCUUACCCUAGCCCUUAUCUUCCCUAAGGGAGAUAGUUUAUCUUACCCUUACCCUAGCCCCUAUCCUCCCCUAGGGAGAUAGUGCGUCUUACCCUUGUCCAUCAAACACAUGCUCAGUGCACUCAAGGAACAUUUGCAUGAUGCUCAAGAAACACAGAAACAAACACAGAGCAUGGACUGGGAAGAUGAUAAAUACACAGCCCCUUGACAGCAAGUCUCUUUUUGUUAGCUUGGAGUUAAUGUAACACUAGAGCAAGGGUUGAAUGAGGAUAUGACCUUGGUGUUACAACAGGUGAAGAGAGAGAGAGAGAGAGAGAGAGAGAGAGAGAGAGAGAGAGAGAGAGAGAGAGAGAGAGAGAGAGAGAGAGAGAGAGAGAGAGAGAGAGAGAGAGAGAGAGAGAGAGAGAGAGAGAGAGAGAGAGAGAGAGAGAGAGAGAGAAUCAAAGAUAGAUAUUUCAUAAGCACAUGACUAGACUAGAGUAUCGCUACCAUUCAAGCUCUGUUGUGGGACACGCUUGUAACCCCUACAGCCCAACAUUGGUUUGGGUUCCGGGGGGGCCAUCAAAUGUUUUCUUAGCAGCACUCACACAAGCCCACGACCUCGUAGGCCUGCAGGUUUAAUGGCAUUAGGCUUUAUUACGGGACACUAGGUGGGGAAACUGAAUGCAGAAUAUUUCCAAUAUGCGAACAGUUUCCUAAAAUGGCCAUUAGGUGAGAAAAGGCUACUAGAACCUCAUACUGGCCUAGAAUCUUCGAUGGUGUUAACCCUAACCCUAACCCUUUAUACUAACCCUAAUCCCAGUUGAACCAAGGGUGAACAGGUUAGAAGGUUAGAAGUGUGACGAUACAUGUGAUCAUGUUGUAGUAGAGACGAUGUUAAGGGUGAAACGGUGUAAGUUAAGAAGUAUGAUGGUUCAUCAUGUUGGUUGUGAUCAUGUUGUGGUAGAGAUUACAUACUUUAUACCCUAUGGUGUCAAUAGUUAAAGAAAGGUUUUGUUCUGUAAGAACAUUUUGUUUUCUGCAUAGUUCUGGACCAACAAAAGCUAGCAUAACAUACAUUUCACAAAUAUAAAAAACUUUAUGAUGAACUCUGGAUUAAAGAGGUUAUCUGCAUGACUGCAUUUUGGGGCAGUAUAUUGAAAUUUUACAAAAACAGGCUGAACCAGAGAACACAAUUUUGUCCCUGUUGUUUUAUUUUCAUAUGAAUAAAUCAAAAACUACCUGAUCGUUUAUCUUCUCAUUUGUCAUUUAAUUUCUUUAAUUGCAUUCCCAGAUUAACGAAAGAUAAAAUGAAUCUGUCAUAAUUCUCCCUCACCCUUCCCUUCAAUCACAUUCAACUUUAUUUUCAUGCAAAGAUAACGACUACCCAGACAACAAAACGAAGAUAAGAUUCGAACCAGAAAACCAAGAAGAAGCAGAAAAACAUUAUGGACCUAUGAUGGUAAAUUUUAAUCAAUGAUGGUAUAUUUUAAUCAAUGAUAUAUAUAAACACAUAUAACAGUA